CAGGUUGGGGAGCGAUACCAGCUGAUCAAGCUGCUGGGCCAUGGGUCCUUCUCCAGUGUCUGUCUGGCCACUGACACCUUCACAGCCGAAAAGGUGGCCCUCAAGCGCAUUCCGGAUGUGCUCAGCAGCCCAGAUCAGGCCAAGAGGGUGCUGCGCGAAGUGUGCAUCCUGCGCAGACUGCACCACCCCUUCCUCAUUAACCUGCGAGAUGCCUUCACGCGGCCGUCUUCUUGCGGUGCGCACCAGCUCAGACAUCUGCGCUUGCAACUUGUGGGACAGAUGACAGAGGAGGAGGUUUGCCUCAUCAUGUGGCAGCUGCUGCAUGCCUUAAAGUUUCUGCACUCCAACAAUGUCUGGCACCGGGAUAUCAAGUCCUCGAAUAUCAUGCUCACACGAGCAAAGGGACAUCGCAUUGUGAAGCGGUGUCUGGCAGGUUCCAGCCCAAGAUCUCCCACACGGGGCCGCGGCUGCGGCGUGGGCUUUUCAUCGCCGCUGACACGCAUGGUGGCUACCCCCUGCUACAGAGCCCCUGAGGUGGUGAUGUCUCGCGGUGGGUACACCGCGGCCAUCGAUAUGUGGUCGCUGGGCUGCAUUUUUGGGGAGCUCCUGCAGCGGGUGGCGCGCGUGGGCUCUGCCACGACACCACACCUGCAGGAACUGGGCGCGCUGUUUGAUGUGAUUGGGACGCCCUCGUGGGCGGAUGUGGACCGGGUGCAGUCAGCAUCGUGGCGGAAUUACCUGCAGAAGCUUCCCGGCCGCGCACCCACCCUCUUCCGCCGUCUCGGCUUUGCCGGUCCUGCGGUGCACCUGCUGGAGCGCAUGCUGGCAUUCGACCCCGACCGCCGCCUCAGCGCAGAGGAGGCGCUCACCCACGAAUACUUCACCUCCCUUGAGAACUCCGCCAUCGACGAACUCGGUACAUCCCUCACUUCCCCAAGCGUCGCCGUGCUGAAAUCAUACUGUGAUGGCAGCUCUUCUUACCCACACAGGUCAAUAGCUUGGGGAAUAUAUAAUGGUCAAUCUUGCCUUGAUGCACCAUCUCUCUUACAGGGCGAGGCAGCAGAUGCAAAGCAGCUGUAG